AUGCCAGUCACCACUCCGACAGCUGAGGCAGGGCGCCAAUCUCCUGGCGCUGCGGCUGGCGGCGGGGCGGGGGACCGGGCGGCUGCUCGGAAACUGAAACGGAGAGAUAUGUUGAAGCAGUACUAUGGCGUACAGGAAGAGGCUGGGACUGCACCGACCACCCAGACACCAACUAGAUUGACUCCCAAAGAGAAACCCCCGGAUCCCCUGGACCUUGAUAGCACCGCUUUCAACAAAGAUCUCUAUCUCAAUAAGUUGUUGAACGAGAAAGCUCUCCCCGAUCUUAUACAGCGUGAUAACGAAGUAGUUGCAGAGAUCAAACAGUUGGACGGUGACAUGAAAACACUUGUGUACGAGAACUACAGCAAGUUCAUCAGUGCCACCGAUACAAUCCGAAGCAUGAAAACGAAUAUUGAGAACAUGGAAUCACAGAUGGACCAACUGUUCGAAAGCAUGUCCUUGAUCACAACGUCCUCGGAGUCCAUAAACAGAGAGCUUUCCGCAGACCGAGCCAAACUGCAUCAGUUGAACAGUGUGGACAAUUUACUCAGAAAGCUCCAUUUCGUUUUCGAGCUACCAACAAGACUGAGGGAAUGUGUCGACAACAAAGAGUAUUCUCAGGCUGUUAAAUACUAUGCGCGGGUCGCAGGUUUACUAGAGCGAUAUCGGCACAUGGCUGUCUUUACGAAGAUCGAAGAAGAGUGCAGAGCUAUCAUCGAAAAUGUGUCCAAACUGGUCAUGCUGAAGUUGAAUAACAGCACUGCAUCGCUGCAGGACAUGUCAGAUAGCAUUGGGCUCCUGCUGCGACUCAACGCCAAACCCGCAGCCGAUCUGGUCCGAGAACAUCUACGCAUUGGGAGUGGGCAGCUACAAAGGUCAAAGGACGCCUGCUCGAAGCAUAUGGCUGACAUGAAAGCCUCUGAAGGCGACACCCUGUCCCAGUUGUCCGACGAGCCGCUACCAGCCGACGUCCGGCUGGUGGUAGAGAAGAUCGUCUACUUGGAUAAUACGUUCAUCAAAGAGUUUGCCGAUGUUGUCGAUUCUUAUAGUGGAUUCUUUCUGCAACCGAAAGAACACGAUGCCGGUGCUGAGGGCAUGAAAUCCGCCGACAGCAAAGUGAAUGCCUUCGGAAAGUUGAGCGCUGAGCAACAACUACAAGCUCGAUCGGACCUCGUGGCAUUCAUUGAUAACUUCACCAAGCAAUACAUCGGCGAGAUCGAGGAGUUAUUGCAGAUUCCCGAGGACAUCACAAAGGUGUCACCGCUAGCCUACAUUCAUGUUCUGGACCGUGUCCAUCGAGACAUGCAAACGAUGGAACCGCUGAAGAAGCUCGGACGGAUAGACAAACGCGUGAACGCGAUGUCCUUCGAACUGUUGAGCAAUGUCAUCACCGCCGUCUUCACAAAGAUCAAGAAAGAGUUCUUUGAUCGGUACAAGGAUAUCAGGAGUUCUGAGGGACUCGAUCACAAUCGCUUCGUCAGAGAGCUGAAUUCGUGGAUGAAGAACACUCUGAUCAAUGAGUAUCUGCCAAUUUUGGAGCGAUUUGUGAGCCGAGAUAUCGAUUUCAUGAGACACUCCGUCUUCGGACCCGACGACAUCUUGGACCAGAUACAACGUGGGCUUGAUGUAUUCUGGUUGUCUUUUGCAGAGGACAUGGUGGCCUAUAACCAAUUCUCCCACGCGGCUACAAAGGAUACUGUUCCGCCGUUGGUGACACUGAUGAUGUCUCGGUCUGCUCUCGAGCUGUCGAUGGGUACAGUAGAAGGUGUGAUGUCUGCGUACACGGACAUCCUCUUCUCGCGGAAAGGGGACGGUGCUGCCGUGGACCCUUUACUGGCGCAGAGACAACAGAGCCGAAAUAAUCUCGUGGUCGUCACGGCUACGGGUGGAACAGUUGCCAAUCCGAGUAUGGGGAAUCGUGGUUUCCAACCCUCGGUUUCCGGCACGUCGAGGGAAACUAUGCUGCGUGCGCGCGAAAUAUCGGGUCUAUGUAAAAGCACUGCUCAGACUUUACUCACGCUCUAUGUCGAGCGGGUCACCCUCAACCUGGCAACGACAAUACAAGAGCACUUGCGGUAUACCAACUGGGAGAAAGCUAAUUCGCCUACAAACGCUUCGGAAGCUCUCCUCCGGGUCCUGGACGACCUGACUGCCCAAGAAAACGAUGUUGGUCAACUCUAUGGUGACGAGGGCUCACGGGACCGGCCAGCAGGUCGAAUAGACGCGGCUCGGCCCAGGGUUAUUCGGGCAGGCCAUUCCCGCCAUAACUCCUCGUCGCAAAACACCAACAUGAAGGAUUCGCCAUCAAUGGGCUCGUUCAGGCAGUCAAGCGUGUACGCAAGAGCGGCUGGCAAGUUCGAUCCGAUGAGCGCGGACAUUGAGAAGCUGUUUGCUGAGAAAGUGGAGUAUUACGGGCCUGUCGAGUUGACUAGGGCAGCUGCUCUGAGCGCUGUUGGGAAACUCUUCCUGAAGUGCUUCGUGGAAGAAGUUCGGCUGCUCACCCUUGACACGGGCGGGUUUCAACAGAUGCAGCUCGAUAUUGAGAUGCUGAAAGUUCACAUGUGGGGUUAUAUCUCCGACGAGAGACUGUUCAACACCUUGAUAGAGGAGAUCCAGACUUGUGCGUUCCGACGAUGCCCAAAUCCCCAGCUUCUAGAUCAUAACACUAUUGAGACCGUUGUCCUUGCAUAUCGCGGAGGGUCAUGA